CAUUGCAAAACACCCAAACAAGGAGUAAAUAUGAAGUCUUGUCUCCUGAAUGUAUUGGUGGAAUUAAUCAUCCUGAGGGAAGGACAAGCCAUGACGGUGGAAAGGCUUGUUCAUGAAUCUGGAGAGGAGGCCCCCCUUUCCUGUGAAGCUGUGGGCUAUCAAACACAUUGGUUCUGGAUCCCUCUGGAUCCCAAAUGUGCAGACAUCAGCACAGAGAGAGUGGAAAUAAACUGGAAUCCUACCAGGAAUGAAGUAAUUCCUCUUCGGUUCAAUCAACGCCUGAGAUAUCAGACUCCACAAUCACUACUUCUUAAGAACCUCAUCAUGAGUGAUUCAGGGACCUACAUCUGUCGCUUAUCCAAUGGUUCAGAAACUCACACCAUUCUGCAUGUAACUACAGGCUGCCAUAACAACCUCUUUGUCUCCUUCCACUGGCUCAACGUGUCCUCUUUGCAGCUCAACUGCCAUCACUGCUAUAUCCAGAAGGUUGACAGUUUCCGAUGGACACUGAAUUCAAAGCGACUGGGCAACCCACCUUGGGCUAAGAAGAGCGAUAAGGGCUCUUCUGUAUUAUUACAUCCCAUCCAGGAUAAGGUAUGGGGGCGCUGGGAGUGCCAGUCUCUCUCCAAUCCUGCUUGGAUUUCUGAAAUUUGCUUGAGUUCACCCAUUGGAGAAAAGGAUGAAGAUGUUGCUUCUACUCAGCCCACUUUGUCAGCGUCAUCCCACUGGUCAAGUCCUGCUGUCACUAGGACUACGGAAGUUACACAGACACACCAUGACACAGAUGGAGUCACAACCUGGAUUUGGGUGCUGCUGUUAGUUGGGCUGACUCUGGUCACAGCUGCUCUGGGUGUCACCUUGUGUUUUUUGAAAAGGGAGUUUUCAGGCAGGUAUCCUCAUAACAAUGCUGCAAGAGCUUCUGGUGAAAGAAUGGCGCAAACAGAUUUUACUUCUGUGAGAAAUCCCAUCAGGAAGAAGAAAAUAGGCAAACAGGAAAGUUUGGAUGAGAGAUCCGUUUCCCUUUAUUACGCCCAGCUGCAACAUUCCCAAGGAAAAUCUCCACCGGUUCAGGCUCCAGACAAUGCCACAGUAUAUGCUGUGAUUGUUUGAUACCACCUUUCAUCACUUCCUACGUGCACUUGAAGACUCUGCAUCUUUUACCUGACAGUGUAACGUCACCUGACAGUGCGACGUCACCACAAAACUCCACCUUGCCUCUGCUUCCAACAUAGCAUCCCGUGAGCUCAUCAGGGCCAGGACCAAGGAAAUCCUCCCAGCUCCAUGUUUUGAAUGAGAAAGAAGAGUUUUCCUCGACUUCAUGUUUCCUUUUAGAAGGGCAGGACAAGACGUAGCAAUGGAGUAGCCACGCCCUCAGGAGGGUGGGUUGCAUCAGGCCUGAGAACUACAGCAUCCAUUUUGGGGUGCCUAACAACAUUUGUCCCCAUGCAGCAACUCCAAAGUGCAAGGAGAGAACAUCACCCCCUUUUCUCUCGGGGCCUCUUAAUAAUAGAAAUCACCUCAUGUGUUUGUAUCCAAAAGAUCUCUACAACUAGUCCUGGAGAUUUCCUUAGACAGCAAGGGCAUUUUUGCCAAGUGCAAAGCAAGACAGAGAAAAGUUUAAAUUCUCCUACCACUUGUGUCUUAUCUGGCCAGCUGCAGCUGUUAUGUGCAUUUAAAGAAACAUGGAUAUUAAUUGCCAUAGCUGUGGUUGAAGAUAUUUCCACCCAUCCUUUUAACCUCCAUUAACCCUCAGUGUCACAACUGCAUUUGUAAAUAUCUAAGCUGUUGUACCAGUUUCUCAUCCUUGGCUCCCUCCUUUUGCUUUCCUGCAACCAUGUAGAUUUCAAUGUACUUGGCAGUCCUGUUUUUUUAUCGCCUCGUAAAUUUAAGGUACAUUUGUGGUGGCUGUAGAAAAACAUAAAUCAUUUCUAACACGGUGCUAUAAAUAUAAUAAACAUUCAGCUUCACCGAUGGAUUCCUGGCAAUCAAGGUCUGUCUUUCCUUUCUGUAUAUGCUUUUCAUUUGCAAAGUACACCAGGAAGAGAAACUGAGAAAGGAAAGUCUGUAUCAUAACAGCAAGGUGCGUGCCAGAUUUUGCAACCUGAAACUGCAAACCUAAACAUUAUUCCUAGAAAGUAAGCCCCCCGGAACAAAAUGAUUCUUGAGUAAACCAGCACAGGUUG